AUGGGCCGUGGAUUUUCUUAUGCCCACAGAUCAAGUCCUAGAGACAUUAUCACCAAUGAAAAUUGGGAAGCUCAAAAGCCGAAUAAAAAGGUUGAAGAGUUCAAAAAUAAACCUGCUGAGUUAUUUAACCUGUAUUUAGGAAAAUUAGCCAACAGACCUCCAUUACCUGAAGGGUUGGACCAUAAGAAAGCUAUAACUAAUUAUUUGUGUAAGAUGGGUGAAAAGAUUCAUGAAACUUUAAAAUUACAUUGGCAGCGUUUGGACGUAUUUAGUCAA